GUCAGCUUCGAGCUCAGACCUCGCAUCGAUGGGGAUGAGACGGACAAGAUAUUGAAUCAAAAAGGGCAGCCAUUCGACGACGCCUCUCUCCUUCCAUCACCACCAUUUACUUCCUAUCGACUGCUCGCUCUGCCUUCUACUCGCUACUGCUCCUUCUCCGACCUUGAUCCUUCGGCCCGCUCGCCCACCUUAUUCCUUGCCGCGAUCACAUCGUCAUUUCCGGCCAUCCAGCCGACCACCCGCAUCUGAGACUGUCCUGCUGGCACGUUGCUUCUCUUCUUCCUCUUCAACUCAACGUCAUCCAGUAGCACUCUCGUUCUUGCCACCAACUAUGCUCCUCGCUUUCCUGCUAGCCCUGCUGAUCGCGCCCAGCAUCUACGCGGCCCCCCGCCCACCCGUAGCUUCCUACAACGAGUUUCCGCCCCCCUCGCAGGAUCCCUUCUACCGCGUCGACGCAGAUAUAGCCAAGUACAAGCCAGGCCAUGUCCUGCGUGAACGAGCCAUCUCUCCCGCCUACUUCGGCCCUGCCGCGCAAGCCGCUUACCAGCUCUUCUACCGCACUACUGGUCAAGGUCAGCCGGAUGGGACAGUGACCACGGUCGUAGUGCCCAAGCAGCCGACUCGUGGCGUGCCCCGCCUCCUCGCUAUUGCCCAACCGCAGGACUCUGCCGGUCUGAACUGCAACCCCUCAUAUGCCUUCACCCCCAACAGCAAGACAAACAAUUCGCAAGAGUACGCUCUGGACACGAUGCACUUCGCUGCGCUUCAUCAAGGAUGGUUCAUCACGAUCCCCGACCUCGGAGGAAGCAAAGCCGCUUUCCUUGCCGGUCGCGUCGAGGGACCAGCCAUCCUGGAUGGCAUUCGUGCUACGCUCGGCUUUGGCGCUUACCUGGAGAAUGCCGAAAACGCUAAAGUAGCCCUGUAUGGGUACAGCGGUGGAGCUCACGGCUCAGGAUGGGCCUCCCAGCUCGCAUCUAGCUAUGCUCCCGAGCUCAACAUCGUCGGCUGGACGGCUGGCGGUCUCCCUGCAAACAUCAAUGCUAACUUCGCCUAUCUCGAUGGCACUCCAGGCGCAGGGCUAGACUUCCUCGGUGCUGCGGGGCUCAGCAACGCCUACCCAGAGUUGCGCAAAUUUCUUCAAUCCAAAAUGAGACCGAAUGCCACAGCCUACUUCGAAGCCAUGCGCAAUGGCAGCAUCUGCGUUGACCAGUCCGCCGUAUUCGCAAACAAGACGUUCAGCGACUCCUUCACCAUGCCCAAUAUAACGCAAGCCCCCGUCUAUAAGGACAUUCUCAAACAUGAGACUCUGGGCAAGAACCAGCCUCCUCUUAACAAGUUUCCUGCCCUUUUGCUACACUCAAGGACGGACGAGACGGUCCCCUACACACAAGCUGCGCAAUACGUCAAGUCGCAAUGCAGCCAAGGCGCGACGAUCAAAUUUGUCUCCCUCCCCACCGGUAAACACAGCGUCACGGGAGUAGAGGCUGUUCCCAGCUUUGUACAGAAGUUGCUCGAGCUCUUUGAGGGGGUUCCGGAAACUGGCAAAUGUACCAAGUUGGGGCAUCUGCCGGUCAGUCCGAACAGUCACGAGGCGAUGCAGCUCAUGGGAUCGUUUGGUUUCAUGGCGCUACAGAAGGUGAUCAAGACGCUCAAUGGGUGAGCGGAAGGACGCCGCUUUACGACAUCAAUGCUUGCUUUGCGUCACUGUCAUUUGUUGCUUUGCCCUAAAAUUAUUCGCAUGCGAAUACGAUAGACAC